AUAGCCCGCCUACUUUCUUUGCUAGACUCCCAACAGAAUCAUCGGUUCUGUUGUGUUCUAGCAUUUUUGGGCUGUGGACUUUUUUUCUCCCGGAAGUUGGAAUGCGUAAAUAUUAUGAUCAGUGGACAGCGAUGAUUAGCGGAUGGAUGGAGCUGCUUCCUAUACCGUCCAUAUGUGACUCUGCGCUGCUACGUGUCCUUCUCCUGACGUUGUCUCUUCUAUGUGCUGACGUAGAAGCUCUCCAGGUGACUGGUGGAAGUGUGACAGUGGAACAAGGAGGUACUGCUAUCUUAUCAUGUUAUGUCACUGGUACCAAUGAUGACCUGACACAGAUUACCUGGCAGAGGAAGACGAGAGAAAAACCUCACAAUGACAAUUUCCUCACUAUCCUACCCAGAGAGGGAGUGCAGUUUGUCAAUGGAGGUGAUGAUCGAUUUAAAUAUAUUGGGAAUUUUAACAACAAUAAUGGAACACUCCAGUUAUCCAGUGUUGCCCUGAAGGAUGAAGGCAGCUACACGUGCAUCUUCACCUUGUUUCCCAGUGGAAAUCAGAAGAUUGAGAUUCCUCUAAACGUGCUUGUGCCUCCUUUCACAAGCGUCAAGGACAAUCUUCCCACUUUGGGCACUGAAGAGGUUUUAUUUGCUACGUGCACAGCUGCUGGAUCGAAGCCUCCUGCAGAGGUGAGGUGGUUCACUGGUGCUUUGGGAGACAAAGUGAGGACGACGGCAAACUCCACCCAGUAUGACAACGAUACAACUACCACUGUCAGCUCGUUGUUUGGUGUUCCUACGAGGGAGAUUAACGGUCACCAGGUCCAGUGUGUCAUCAGCGGUGACUCUCUGUCUAAAGAAGAGAGUCUGCUCUUCACUAUACAGGUCUACUUUUCUCCCACAGAAGUGAACAUUAGCGUGAUUUCAGAGGACUCGUUCGAGUGUGUGACAGAAGCCAAACCAAAUGCAAACUUUACCUGGAGCAGAUCCGGCCAGUCUUUGCUGGAGUCUUCUGUCAAAAUAGACGGUGCAAAGCUACAACUGCUGAGCCUGACCUCUGAUAUAAAUGGCCUUUAUCAGUGUGAAGCAUCUAACACAUAUGGAAGUAAACGUGGUCAGCUCUAUGUGCAUGUGGCAUCAGGAUCGUGCUCUGCUGCAUGGGCCUUACUUGGUGUUUUUAUAUGUGUUUUUUUCCUGAGCAUCGUUGGGGCUGCAGUAUGGUACUUUUAUACACAUGAAGAUCAAAGGCGUAGGUUUACACUUUUUUGGCAGCGUGUCCCAACAAAUGAACCAGCUGGUAACAGUGCAGCGCAACAAGAACAACAUCAGAUGGAGUAAUCUCUGUGACAGCUGUGGAAGCAAAGGAUGAGCAAUAUCUGGGCUGAAUGCUCGACCAACAUGUCAUUCUAGAGUCAGCUACUAAAUGAACAGAUGAAGAACAGGUGGAGGUACUUGGUGUCCGUUUAUCUCUCUGCCCCACUUUUGUUUAUCAUGUCUUAGUUUUUAAUGAAGUUUCUUUAUUGCUUUUUCUUGUACUGCCAUGGCAUUUAGGUUCUACCUUGACAUACCAGCUCUGGCUAAUAUGAAUGGCAGUUUUUCUGUGACAUUUAUAUCUCCUGAUAACACAAGCCGUUAAGCUAAGGAUUUCAACCCACAGGGCUUCUGUUUAAAACAGUGUUAUCAGUGUUAUCAGUACACCACAGAGCCUCACACAGAUAAUAGGUUCAGACGGCACAAACAGUCAAGUGAAGCACACCGUCUGAUUACCAUAUAGUACAUAACACUUGAAAAAUAGAGCCCCACCCUUGUUAGUGCACGGCAGAUGUUUUGCUUGGAAAUCUAACAUAAAGCAACAUACAAAGAAAUUUGAAAGAAAAAAAAAGUAUUUUAAAAAAAUCAUAGUGAGGUUUUGUUACUGUGUUGAAUUAUUGGUUGUUUCGUUUUGUUUUUUUAAUUAAUUUGAAGAAAAUCAAAGGUCUUCACCCUUGAAAUUUUUUAAUUUAACUGUAAAAAGCAGUACGUUAUAGCAUUUUACAGGAGAGUAUAGUUACAAAGGUCACAUUUCUCUCAUUAAUCAUUAAUCUUAAUGACUGUAUUAACUUAGAUUACAUGCUGGUCAAUGUUUAAUGUGAAACUAGAACAGAACACCAAAGCAUACACACUAAAAUGCUGGAAAUUCUGUGGUGGUACUCAACACACUGCAGUUUAAAAGUCUGCUUCAGCAGGAAAGAAAAGUUUGAGAAAAUUAAACAAGCUAUUUAUGAUUUUAUAGUAUUCACACACGUAAUAAGUUAUUAGUUCGAUGUUAUCUUCCUAUUUUCGCUCUUUGUCAUAAUGUGCAGUGUGAGGAAUAAUAAAAAACAGCGACUGAUCAGCAAGAGUAACCAAUUGAUACAGAAGUAAAAGCAAAGAUUUGUCAAGGUGUAGGAAAGAAGUAUUCCCUACAUCCCCCUUCAUGAAUCACCACCUUAUCGCGGUGAAGGGGUUUGCGUGCCUUUCUGAUCCCAGGAGCUGUGUUGUCGGGGACAGUUUGUCCCUGGUAGGGUCUCCCAAGACAAUUUGUUCAUGGGUAAAGGGCCAGACCAAGUGUGAUUCAAAAGAGUUCGAUGAUGAGAAGUUACUUGACAAAAUCUUGGUUACCAGUGCCCCUUCAUAAGGCCAAACAUGGUCAAGGAGCUAUUUUUGGAAACACCCAUUAUUCAUGGGUCCUGGCUGACCCCAGUUACUCCAGUGAACCCAUCACCUGCUGGACGGGCCAUAGUGGUCCAGUGUUACGUGGAUCAGGUGCUAAAACUGGUUUGUGAUAUACGGUGAUAAUCAAGUGUUCCUUUUUGAGCAGUGUACUUUGUUGAGUAUCAUACAUAAUGAGAAAGGUUUUCUAAAAUGUCCGCUCAGGCAAAACAAGCUUUGUUAACGAUUCAUAACUCCAGCUGCUGUAGGUAGAGAGCAGUGACCAGUCUAUAAAGUCACACUUCAUACAUGGAUUUAUGAAAUUUAUUGCUAAUUAACAAACAUUCAUUGUAUUAUGAUUAGAUUUUUUCCCACCAGAUUUGUCAUAGACUGAAAUAUUAUGUGAUAGAUCAGAAGGUGGGCGUAUUGUGUGAGGAUGUUAGCGUGAUGUCAAGUUGAAAGUAAAAUUUUAAUCAUAUUCCAUGUUUUCAAGUGUUAAGUGCUUAUUCUAAAUUAUUAUCAUUGAAUUCGGGGGAGGGGGGGG